AUGUUUUAUAUAUUUUUAUUAACUACGAAUGUGUUUGCCGCGACAUCAUGUAGUAGUGGGCUAUACCUUUCUGGAACUUCUUGUUAUUCUUGUCAAGCAGGGACUUAUUCCUCGGGUGGUACAACGACAUCAUGUACUUCAUGUUCUUCUGGUUCGUAUUCAGGCUCUGGUGCUUCGUCGUGUACAAAGUGUUCUCCUGGAUAUUAUGCUUCAAGUUCUGGGUCAUCAUCAUGUACAAAGUGUAAUCCUGGUAAAUGUGCUUCGAAUUAUGGUUCGACUUCAUGUUCAAAUUGUGCAGCAGGAACGUAUUCUGCUGGUGGUGCUUCUUCGUGCACAAAAUGUAGUGCGGGGCAUUAUUCUACUAGUGGAGCUUCUACAUGUACCAUUUGUUCAGCUGGUACAUAUUCAUCAUCCGGGUCUUCUAAAUGCACAAAUUGUAACUCUGGUACCUAUUCGUCAUCGUCUGGGUCUUCUACAUGCUCAACUUGUAAUUCUGGCUAUUAUUCUUCUUCAGGAUCAUCAAGUUGUACACCAUGUGAUGCAGGAACAUAUUCAAUUAAUAGUGGGUCAGCAUCUUGUCGAUCAUGUUAUGCUGGGUAUUAUUCUAAUAAAGGAGCAACAACGUGCACUUCGUGUCCUGGUGGGUAUUAUUCCCAAUCUUCUGGCAGUGCUUCGUGCACAGCGUGUGCUGGAGGAACAUAUUCAAAUUCACUUUUAGCGUCAACAAACUGUUUAAAGUGCCAACAAGGUACAUAUUCCAACAUUGGAAGUGCUUAUUGUUUCAAUUGUUUGGCAGGGACUUAUGCGGCUAAAGAGGGUAGUUCUUCUUGUGAACCAUGUGCAGAUGGGUUUUAUUCCACAACUAAAAGUUCGACGUGUGUACAAUGCGUUUCCACAAGUUGUGGAGUGUGUUCAAUAACGACGGGGGAGUGCACUUCAUGUAAUGUUGGCUAUUCGUACGAUUCGUCAAAUAAGAACUGUUCAAUAUGUCCCGCAUCGUAUUAUUCGAGUGGUGGAACUUCGUUGUGUUCAAAGUGUGCGACUGGGUAUUACUCACUUGGUGGUUCAAGUGGGUGUACAACGUGUUCCACAAGUUGUAAAACGUGCGACCAAACAAAUGGAAACUGUUUAUCUUGCUAUGACGGUUAUGCUCUAAACAAUGGAAAAUGUGACACGUGCUCGGCUGGCACGUACCAAAGUGGUGGAAGUUGUGUAACGUGUCCCGACAUGCAAUACUCAUUUGCAGGAAGCACAACGUGCAAAAGUUGCAGUUCGAUGUGUUUGAGUUGUGAUAAGACAAAUGGAUAUUGCACGUCAUGUGAGUCGGGUAUGGGAAUUACAACAACAACAUGUUCUAUUUGCAGUACUGGUACAUACAGUGUUGCAAAUAAAUGUGAGUAUUGUUCACUUGGAACUUACUCGCCAUCACCAAAAAGUUUGCAAUGUGAUCCUUGUGUAGAUGGGACUUAUGCCAACACAACAGGAUCAACAAGUUGCAAAACGUGUAAUGUUCUGUGUCAAGGGCCAUGUGAUAGAACAAAUGGCAAGUGUAACGCUUGUGUAAGUGGUGCUGUUAUAUCAAAUGGAGUGUGUUCAUUGUGCAAUUCUGGAACAAUGGCAAACCAAACAACAAACAAAUGCGACACAUGCAAGGCGGGUACCUAUGCUGGUGAAGGCUCUUCUGAGUGUAAGAGUUGUGGAGAAAUGACAUACUCAGCUGCCGGCUCGUCUUCAUGUCAGCAAUGUGACACGAAAUGUGAUGGGUGUGAUGCGACGAAUGGGUAUUGUGUCAACUGUGUGACUGGGUAUGGUCUUGCGAUUGGGAAGUGUGCCAUAUGUCCAAGGGGGACUUACUACACGAGUUCUGUGUGUCAGAGUUGUAGUGAUAUGGAAUACCAAGACGUUGAGGGACAAACCACUUGCAAGUUGUGUGACUCGUCGUGUGCAAGUUGCAAUGCAACAAAUGGUAAAUGUCUCACGUGUGCUGCUGGAUAUGGCUUUGACAAUGGAGUGUGUACGUUGUGUGGCGACCUCACAUACUCAGAAGGCGGCGUUUUGCAGUGCCAGCAAUGUUCCACUGAAUGUAAAAAGUGUGACAGAAAAAGUGGUGCUUGUACAUCGUGCGAAGUCGGCAACAAGAGAGUUGACAAUGCUUGUGUGUCGUGUGCUCCAUCUGGAUAUGCGAU